GGUGUUGCCAGAUAUAACCUAAAGCGCAGUGAGGUAAUUUGGCAACCGCGAAUGAAGAGUUAGAAAAAAAAUAACAGUAUGAAGGAAAGAUAAUGUCAUAUGCUUUUUCAAGAGCUCAAGAAAAUUCUUUACGUCUACAGAGCCAUGUUAUCGUCAACGCUACUCGACUUCAUUUAGGAGGAAUAAUCAGGAAAAUUGUUGUACCGUGGACUUUAAAUUCUUAUUUGUGAUUCAUAUGCGUUUCCAUACAAGCCGCAAGUGUUUGUCGUGAGAGACAUGGCUGAACUACCACCCAGGAAGAAUGCAACUCCUACAAAGCUGACCAAAUUGUUGAUCUCCCCUCUGAAGGUUCUACUGCAGAUGGGUUUUCCGAAGCACAGAGCUGAGAAAGCCCUUGCUGCAACUGGCUAUAGAAAUGUUCAACUAGCAUCGGAUUGGUUGCUGGCCCACGUAAAUGACCCAACUUUAGAUGACCUACAACCAAGAGAAUAUCUUCUUUACCUAUGCCCGUCUGGUUUACUGCAAAGUCAGCUGCAGGAAUUUUGGGCCAGAUCGGCAGAAGAAUGUGGUAGAAAUGGCGCCCAUGAGUUCCUACCCCAUGUCACUCUAGUUCCCCCCUUUAAGGUACCUGAUAGUGCUGUUCCCAGUAUUGUGAGCCUUCUGGAAAGGAUUGCUGAGCAUGAAAAUCAACCCAUUCCUGAAUUGAGGCUAGAAACUUAUAUUUCCCAAAAUUUUAUGGGUUUCUUCCUCAAUCAAGAUUCCGCUGAAGUCAUUAAAGUCGUGGCGUCCCGGUUUGCCAGAGAAUUAGCUCAAAUAAACAUUGCAGCAGAGGCCCACACGCAAGCUUUGCACUUGACAUUGGCUUACAAUUUUCCUUCUGGUCAAUACAGUACGCUAGAAUAUCUAGUAAGAAACAUAAACCCCAACACCGACGCUUCCCACUGGCAACUGCGUCUAUAUUCCAGAGAUAUCCGCCUGUCCGGGAAGAAGGUGUACAAGGUCAUCUUCCCGCACGUUCCACGAGAAACUGACGAGUUGGAACUGCUUCUAGGUGAUUUCGUUUAUGUCGAUCCGGAAGCAUGUAAUAAUUCCAUAGACGGAUGGAUAGAAGGCAUCUCUUGGCUUACUGGUUGUUCGGGUUUCUUACCAAAAAACUACGUUGAAAAAACGGCCGAAUCAGACGCUUGGACCCUACACAAGAGCGUAGAACUGAAUCUAUCCGCUGAUGAACUGGACGAAAUAGACGGCGUGUCAGCAUCGAGUGAUCAAGCCCUCAGACUGUUGAAUCAAAUGUCACCGGAAUUGGGCUGCAACAAUGACACAAAUUCGCACAGGGAUCAGCCAACUAGCACAAGAGUAGUUGCUGUUCGGCCAACGGAGCUUUCCAAAUGUACAGAAAACUAUGCCAAUUUCAAUUUGGAUAUGGCUGGAUUGUCUCCAGUGGUGGAACGACCUCUAGCCUUCAAACAAGGACCUCGGCGAUUGUUUAUAGUGCGCCAUGGCGAAAGGAUCGACUUCACAUUUGGUACAUGGAUACCCUACUGCUUCGAUGAAACGGGAAAGUACGUUCGAAAGGAUUUAAAUAUGCCGUUGAGCGUUCCCAAGCGACAAGGAUCACCCGAAUCGUUCUACAAGGAUUGCCCACUAACCAUAUUGGGGGAAACGCAAGCCGGACUUUUAGGCCAAGCUUUGCGUGCGGUUGGCGGAUCCAACAGGAUUCAGCACGUCUACUGCUCGCCGUCUCUUCGCUCCUUACAGACUUGUCAAAAUAUUCUGAAAGGCCUCGAGAUUGAGCACUCUGUACCCAUUUGUUUGGAACCGGGAUUAUUCGAAUGGUUGGUUUGGUACCAAGAUUCCAUGCCUCAGUUUAUGACUCCAUCAGAGAUGCUCGAUGCCGGUUUCCGUCUGCGUGAGAAUCAUCAGUACUUUAUUGACUUUAGCGAGCUUUCCGAUCGGCGUGAGUCAGCCGAGCAGUACUAUAUGCGUUCACAUUACGUCACCCAAUGCGCUCUUCGCUGCACCGAGCAUAUCGGUGGAGACGUCCUUCUCAUUGGACAUGCCUCAACGCUGGAUGCAUGUUCGCGACAACUGGUGGGGGGAUUACCGCGAUCCGCCCAAGAGCUAUCCCGAAUCGUCCAUCGGAUCCCUUACUGCAGUUUGGCUGCCGUCCAACAGUGUCUUCCAGAAGAGUCUUCGCUCGAUGAUUCACCCGACGAGACGGGCAGUAAUAAAAUCAAAUGGAAGUUGAUUGAACCGCCUGUCCCUCCUAUGACUUAUUCCGCCAAUUUGCGUUUUGAUUGGCAAACUUUACUUCCUUAGCGGUGCGCCACCAUUGCAACCUAUAUAUUUAACAGAACAAUCAGAACUCAACGGGAACAGAAGAUUUGCAGUUUAUUGCGAGGUAGUAUGCAAACAUUCUUUCUUUAAUCGAGUUCAAAAGUGUAUUUUUUUUUUUCAAACAAAACCCAACGAAAUACUCUCCUUUUAACAUACCAAAUAGUACGCGAAUCUUUGUUAUUCAAAGUCGCGUUUUCAAGUUUUUUAUUGAAGAAAGAAACCCUUUUCUUUUUCUAAUGGGUUUGUUUUUCUUUGCUGCCUUUCUUGUUUGAUCUUGUUGGUACAGCAAAUGUCGACCUGUACGAAACAUAGAAGUGUAUGACACGGAAAUGUUGAAUCACCCGUCCUCUUUUUUAAGCUUUAAUUUACUCCUAAGUGCAAGGAAUGGAAUAAUACAUAUUGUAGAUUGUAA